GUCUCUCUCACUUUGGGUUCUCAACUAAUUUCCCCGCGUUUUCAUCCCUUUCCUCCACACGAACAAAUGACAACAACCAUAACUCUCCCCUCUUUUCGUUCCCACUUUCCUUCAUUUUCUCUGCAUCCAAACAUGAACUCCGCCACCCUAAAAUCUCCCCCUUGCCCGAAACCCUCCAGAUGGGUUCGGUUCAGACCCAAACAAGAACCCAUAAAACAACUCAAAUGCUUCCACAGCUCCGUCCCCGAGUCCGGCAGGCUCCACCACCUGGUCUCCGAGUUCAAGGCCUUGCCGGAGCCGAUCGACCGGGUGAAGCGGCUGCUGCGCUACGCGGAGGCGCUCCCUCGGUUGGACGAGUCGGGUCGGGUUGAGGUCAACCGGGUGCCGGGCUGCGCCGCGCAGGUUUGGGUGGAGGCUAGAAUGGAUUCAAACGGGCUGAUGAGGUUCAGGGCCGACAGCGAUUCGGAGAUCAGUAAAGGGUUCUGCUCGUGCCUGAUUUGGGUGCUCGACGGGGCGCCGCCGGAGGCGGUGGCUGCGGUGGCGGCGGAGGAUCUGGCGGAGGUGCAUGUAGGGCUGAGUGGGAGGACGCCGUCGAGGGUGAACACGUGGCAGAAUGUCCUGGUGAGCAUGCAGAAAAGGACCCGAUUGUUGGUUGAGCAGAGACGAACGGCGGUCGCCAUCGAUGAAAUCGCCUCCGAAGGAAUCCAUGGCAAAACACAGGAGAGAUUCUGCACUCCAGGCGUGGUUCAGUUGUCUUGACAAUAAGAGAGGGGCCUACGCUAGGGAAGAAACUAGGCUGCAGCUUCUGCAUCGCCAUGAAAGCCAAUGGACAACUCAUCCUCUUUCCUGCUGGGCUUUCAGGGCUGAAUCAAGUGAUAAUUCCAUUUUGAGGAGAAGAUUUCAAGAAUUGCAUUUACGCUUUUGAUGCAAAAUUAGUGAUUUGGCCAAUAUGUUCUUAGGUGUAGAGAUAGAUAUAAGCAAUGAAUGGAAUUAUAUAUUGACAAAGAUAUCAUCAGUUAUGUGUCGCAUUUUCAUUAAAAGAGAUGAUAAGAGGAGGA